AUGUCCCUCAAGAUCAUCGUCGUUGGUGCAGGCAUCGCUGGCCUGGCAUCGGCAGCCAUGCUCCGAGCAGGCGCCGACGUCACCAUCUUUGAGCGCGGGGACGCGAGCCAAGUCGCCGGUGGGCAAGGUCUUGUUUUUGGGCCCAACGCUGUCAAGAUUGUCGAGAAAAUUGGCUAUGACCGCCGGCGCGUGCGAGCCGUCGAGAGCAAGGGCAUUAAAGCGUACGAUGGCGCAACCGGAGCGCUGGUCAAGACCAUUCCGCUGGACAUGAAAGUGACCUGGGGUGCCGACUGGCUGAUGCACCUGCGCGUGGAUGCAAGGGAUGAGUUGCAUCGCCUUGCGGUCCAGGACGGCCCCGGGAAAACGCCAGUGCUUCGUUACAAGACUACAGUGACAGACAUUGAUCCCGACACUGGAGUUGUCACGCUCGAGAAUGGAGAGACUCUCCAGGGGGAUGUCAUAAUCGUGGCAGCCGGCAUCCACACAAAGAUCAAGGAAAAGAUUGUGGGCAGCAGUGAAUACUCCACAACGCCCACCGACCAGAGCAUUUUUCGGUUCCUGGUGUCUUCAGAGAAUGCCCAAAAGGUCGCUGGCCAUCUUCCUGACUGGUGGAAUCCCGAAGUGGGCGCCUACCUUUCCGUUACGCGACUCGACGACGGCACCAACAGGGCUGUUAUCACGUACCCGUGCCAUGACUUUCAAUACGUCAACUUUAGCUGUGCCUUCCCCAACGAGUACCUCAAGCAAGGGGCUACAGAGUCGUGGUUCACUGACGGCGACAUCAACGAGGUUUUGGACAUCUUUAAGGACUUUCCUCCGCUUUAUCGAAAAUUCAUGCAAUCUGAAACUGAAACGGAUAGAUACGCCGAGGAAGUCAAAGUGUGGGAGCUCCGGGACCAUGACCCUCUCCCCACCUAUGUCCGCGGCCGGGCCGUCUUGAUAGGCGACGCGGCGCACGCCAUGGCGCCCUUCCAAGGCCAAGGAGCCGGGCAGGCAAUUGAGGACGCCGAGGGGCUAAGGUUGUUACUCGAGCCAGGUGUGACACCACUAGAUGUCCCAAGUAUCCUCCAGCAGUGGGAGGCGGUACGGAGGCCUAGGGCGUCGCAGGUGCAGUUCAACACCCGCGUGGCGAGCGAGAAGCUGGAUGAGGUGAAUUCUUUCCAGAACAUGAACUACAACUGGACGUACAAUGGCAUCAACGAGGAGCUCAAGAGGACGUGA